AGUCUUAGUUCUGUCAAUUUGACAGUGUCAAAUUUACUUCAUCGAUCAUUCAUCUGACGUGAAACUCCAUUCUUUCACAUUUGCGGUGUAAAAUGGCUCCAACAGUUGAAAAGAAGAUUAAAACUGUUAAGGGACUGCCCACAGUUCCCGAAUCAGUUCUGAAACACCGAAAAAGGCGCGCAGCUUCAAGAGCUAAACGAGUACAGUCGGACAUCAAGAAAAAGUCCGAUCAAAUUAAAAAUCGUAAAGAAAUCUUCAAACGUGCUGAGCAGUACGUAAAGGAGUACAGAUUGAAAGAGCGCGAUGAAAUUCGUCUUAUUCGGCAAUCCAAAAACAAGGGGAACUUUUAUGUUCCUGCCGAUGCUAAGCUGGCUUUUGUCAUCAGAAUCAAGGGAAUCAACAAAGUUGCCCCCAAAGUACGAAAAGUCCUUCAGUUGUUCAGGCUCCUGCAAAUUAAUAAUGGCGUUUUUGUGAAACUUAACAAGGCUACAAUUAAUAUGUUAAGAAUUUGCGAACCCUACAUUGCCUGGGGCUACCCAAACCUCAAGUCAGUUAGGGAACUGAUUUACAAGAGAGGAUUUGCCAAGGUGAAUGGCCAACGGAUUCCUAUUAGUAGCAAUCAAAUUGUCGAAGACCGAUUGGGCAAAGCUGGCCUAAUCUGUGUUCCUGAUUUAAUUCAUGAAAUAUUUACUGUUGGACCCAACUUCAAAUAUGCAUCAAACUUCCUGUGGCCGUUUAAGCUAAAUACCCCAACUGGAGGAUGGCGCAAGAAGGCCAAUCACUAUGUUGAAGGUGGUGACUUUGGAAACAGAGAAGACAAAAUCAACGAACUUCUCCGAAGAAUGGUAUAAGGAGUAAAGUUUUUUUAUUGUAAAAAAGAAACAUUCGCUUCUCUAAUAAAUGAACUGUGUUCCAUA